AUCCACUCCUUAACCGACCCAGCAGCUUAUUGGCAACCGCGUCGCAUCAGGCUGCGCCCCAACGCGGACCGCUCGCAUUUGUGCCUGUACGACCUUGCACUAAAUACGCCUGCUAUUACUGCUAUUACUCGACUGGGGAACUCCGGUGCUCGGCUCUUCCCGAGGGUGAACCUUUACCUAUCGAAUUUUGUCCUCGGCGUCGGCUUGCCGGUGUCACGCUCCUCGCUUGGUCGGCUACACGCCUCCUCCCGAUGCCCCUUGACUUGCUCUCGCAACGUUUCGAAACUCAAACACAGCACGAUGGGCUCUGAAUUUGGCGUCCACGCCGACUCCAAGCCGGAGCCAAACCUCGACUCUGCUGGCAUCUUCUGGGCUACUUGGACAUGCCUCUGGACCGUUAUCCUCGUCAGCGGCAUGGGCUACCUGAUCGCCCGCCGCGAGACGCCCAUCCUGCGUCUGCGCGGCUUGGGCAUCUCGCUCGUCGCCAUCACGCUGCUACAUCUCUACUGGAUCAGCGUUCAGCUGGGCUACAUCCUCGGCCCCAUCACGCCAGGAGACGCCGAGUACUGGAUCAUGGGCAUCUACCUGCCCUUCGGCAUUGCCCUGUUCCACGCGUCUAACAGUCGAUUCCUGCACGUCGCGCAGGCGCAGAGGAAGUAUGCCGAGCAAGGCGGGAAGGCAUUGGAAGCCCGGGCCGGCUCCAAGAGACCAGGCGGGCUGCUUGACCGAUUCAAACGCCUGGACUACUCGGCCAAGAUACUCGCCAUUGUCAUCUUCGGGAUGUUUCUGCAGCUCAUGCUCACGGUCUUCAUGUACAUCAUGUCUCGCAAGUGGCACAGCUCGUGGGGCAUCCCGGGAACAGAGGUGACGGGCACGGAGAUGGAGCAGAAGAUGCAGAUGGGCCGUGGAUGGGAGUGGUGGCCGUCGGUGUUCUGGCAGUUCUUUUGGGCGUGGAUCGUCGCGCCGGUGGUUUUGUGGAAGUCGAGAGGCAUUCACGACACCCAGGGCUGGCGAGUACAGACGAUUGGCUGCGCCGUGUCCAAUCUCCACGCGGCGCCCAUGUGGCUGAUUGCUCUCUACGUCCCUGGCAUGGAUCCCGUUAACAGAUACUUUAUUCCUCCUCAAUGGAUUGCCGUCUCGAUCAUGUUGACAGAAGGCUUCACCGUAUUCCUUCCCUGCUGGGAGGUGAUGCGGCACCAGACACUUCGCCAGGAGACGCUCGACUCGAUCGCACAAUGGGAGUCCAAGAACAGGCUGUCCCAAAGGGCGGAAAGCAAGUCCGUCCACACCGCGUCGUCCACACGCGUCGAGUCCAUCAUGUCCGGCUGGAAGUCGACCAACGGCUCCGUCAAGACGACCAAAUCCGACGAGUCGAUCCUCACCAUGAGCGCCCUCGAGCACGUCCUAGAGCGCAACCCCGCGCCGCUGCAACAAUUCUCGGCAUUGCGCGACUUCUCCGGCGAAAACAUUGCCUUCCUGACAAGCGUCGCAGAAUGGAAGAACUCGCUGCCGCCUACGGUGCGUGGCGGCGCUUCGACAGACCCAAACACGAGGGAACUGGUGCGCGAGCGGUUCAACCGGGCCCUGCGGAUAUACGCUGGCUUCAUCAGCACACGAGACGCCGAGUUCCCCAUCAACAUUUCCUCACAGGACCUGAAGAAGCUGGAGGCCAUCUUCGAGGCGUCGGCUCGCAAGCUCCUGGGCGAGAAGCGCGACGUCGACCCGGCCACGCCGUUCGACUUCCCGUCCCUGCCCGUCGAGCGGUCCAUGUCCACGGCGUCGUCUGCCGCGACGGAAAAGACGACCGCGGAGCUGAUCGCGCCUGCACCCACAUCAAGUGCGGCAGACCGAGUUCAGUACUGGGGCGAGGUCCCGGACGAGUUCGACGAGACGGUGUUUGACGAUGCGGAGAAGAGCAUCAAGUACCUCGUCCUGACCAACACUUGGCCCAAAUUUGUGCGCACCCGACGGUCGUCUAUGGACACGAUCGAUCCCGAGUCGCAUAAUGAGGUACUUCAAAUGGUUAAAGAAAAGCAAAGGAAAUGACGGGAGGCUGGUUGGGUUUGUGGAUACGUCGAGUCCAGGCCGGGCAUCUUUCUUCUGCUCGUCCACAAUGAGCGUUUUAUACACCAUUGGUUAGUCCUGGUAAUCCAUAUAAUUAAUACACUACGAAAGAAAAGUACAGCCAUGAUUGGUGCUCCCACAAG